UCCACUUUUAUAGGUAAGCAAUCGUCUUCACAUUGAUAAGCAGUGUUCAAAAUGGUCCCCUGCUUAUCAUUGCCACGCCCACCACUAGUCUCUCAUACAUGCCAGUUGACUCGGGGAAAAACCCUAGACGCUCGCUACACAGUCGUCUUCGCGGAGCCGCAAAUAAUUCUGUAGAGCAAACUUUGAGUUUGAUCAUCCCUGCAUCUGCGGCAAUGGGUAAGGGAACAGGGAGCUUUGGUAAAAGGAGGAACAAGUCACACACGCUCUGUGUGAGAUGUGGUCGCCGAAGCUUUCACAUCCAGAAGAGUCGUUGCUCGGCAUGUGCUUAUCCAGCUGCCAGAAAGAGGACAUAUAACUGGAGCGUGAAAGCAAUAAGAAGAAAGACAACAGGAACUGGUAGGAUGAGGUAUCUCCGCAAUGUGCCUCGUCGGUUCAAGACUUGCUUUAGAGAAGGUACCCAAGCCACCCCUAGAAGAAACAAGGCUGCAGCUGCUUCUUCCUAGGCAUUUGUUCAUUUUGCGUUUUGCCGUUUGUUUAUUUGCUUCUGAUGUAGCUCUUUAAAAUCUUUUUGAAGGAGAACUUUCUAUGUUUUCAUUUGUAUCUCUUUCGUCUGCAAUUCUAUUCCAGAUUGUCUGAUCAAUGGUAUACCAAUGUAAUGCAUCCGUGCUAUUACUGUUUAAUGAA